AUGCACAGCAAGUUUCACCUGCAACGAGCAGAUCGAGUGUUUGCCGUCAAUCUUCUCCUUGAAAAGAAGUUUGGGAGCAGAGGUACCUACACCUUUGCCUCAAUGCUUGCCGGCAUACAUACUGCUCUAGGGCUCUUGUUCCUCCUCUUGACAUCUGCCUUCGCCCAGAACCUGGAGCCGAGCAACAGGACCAGUCCGGUUCGACUCGUUUCCGAUCUGGAGGGACAGAUUUUGAAUUUCACCAGCGAAGAGAAGCGGGGCGGAAGCGAUCCGUCCGCGUCGGUUUGUGGACCUUCUUUCUGUUUUGACAAGCAGACGGCGAACUGCUUCCAGAAGAUGCCAGCGAACGUCUGCAUGAAAGCUAUCUACAUGUGCGUCAAGUACAUCCUCGCAGGCGACAUGGAGCCCGAGGAGUUUUGCGGUAAGGAGAGAGCGAAUGGCAAUUCCGAUGCCAUCGAGGCCCUGGCUGCGCCUAAAACCGGGCGUGAGGAGAAGAACGACAGACACGCGUCGUCUCCGGAGAGGCUCGGGGCAGAGCCCACUGACUUGUGGCCCAGUGCUCUGUGGGGAGCUUUUCUUAUUUCGUUCCUGCUGCUGAUCGUGAUUCGGCACUUCAUUCAUGAACCGAAGAAGGAGAUCACUCCGCUCCGGAUGCCCCUCUUGAUCUGUGCCUGCACAGCCAUGGCAUACUCUGAGCCUGAGCUGGUUGGUUGUGAAGGGAACGGAACGGCACACGUGAAGAUGCCGGGAAAGAUGAGGCCAGACUUUCUCAUCCAGAAGCGGAUUCAGAAGGACAACCAGUUCGCUGUCGCAGCUGAUUAUGCGUCCAAGAUGGCCGCAAUCUCGCAGGUCACGCACUGGUUUGAGGGCAAACAGAAGUUCGAUUUUGCGGAGACGGAGAAGCGCAGUUCUGAGUUCAUCAAGCAGGAGAUGAACGCCUGCAGUGAGGAGCUGAAGAUUAGACGACGAACUCGGCUGAGAAACCUGUACGAGGCAGAAGCCAAGGCCUACGAAGCUGAAUUAGCUUCGUUGGGUUUGGCUGUCCAGUGCUUUGGUGUCGGAGUGUGGGAUACUGGAACAGUGUUGGAAGUGGAGAUUGGGCACGCGUGGUGCUUGAACGCGCCACGGCAUGGAGAUGCCAUGCAUCUACCCUCUUGGUUCAAGAUAGGAUUGCUGUAUUUGGGUAAGGGCUUUCUCUUGGGGGCCAUGCCCACGUGCUUUGGUGGAGAGUGCGAGGCCCUGGUCGCAGUCAAAGAUGGCAGAGUCAUCCAGAAGGCGAAUGUCGUGACUUUUGUUGUUGUCAUUUUCAUGUCCCUUUUUCUCGGUAUUGUUACUGUCACUAUGAUUCUGACGGUGAUGAUUGUGAUCAUGAUUGCGAGACAGUUUCUGACGAUGACCAUGACAAUGCUCAUGGAAAGGAUGCACUGCGAUAAACUGCGGGAGGCCCAGGCGCUGGCAGCCCCUGGCCUCUGCGGCGCAGUGGCGGCCGGUCGCCAGCGUCGCCGGCUCCGGGCGCUGCCCUUCGGCAUCUCUGUGGUGGGCACGGGCUCUGCAGCUCCUGACACUGUCGUCUCCAAUGACGAUCUAGCGGAGAUCGUGGAGACCAGCGACGAAUGGAUCUCACAGCGCACAGGGAUCAGGAGAAGACAUGUCCUCGCUCCCGACGAGUCGCUAGCGUCGCUGUCUGCCAAAGCUGCAACCAGAGCUCUGGAAGCUGCAAAGAUGUCCGCUGAAGAUAUCGAGCUGGUGAUCCACGCUACCUCCACACCGGACGAUCUCUUCGGAACCGGCCCCAAGGUGGCGUCGAUGCUUGGCGCAGACAAGGCCGUAGCCUUCGAUUUGACGGCAGCCUGUUCAGGCUUCGUCUUCGCCUUAACAACCGCAGCGCAGUAUGUGCGCUCGGGUGCUUACAAAUCCGCAGUUGUCAUUGGUGCGGAUUGCUUAUCUCGCUGGGUCGACUGGUCCGACCGCAACACCUGCGUCCUCUUUGGCGACGGUGCUGGCGCAGUUGUGAUCACCGCGACAGACGUGGAAAAGGAUGCAUUGAUUGGUUUUCAUAUGGGCAGCGAUGGCAACGGAUCUUGCCACCUCGGCUUGUUGGCCGAGACCGAUGGCGUGUCCUUAGGAAGCGGCAAGGAAGGCGGCACCGGAACAUACCAGAAAGUUGGCAUGAAUGGCAAAGAAGUUUUUCGCUUCGCGACCAGCAGGGCUCCAGAGACACUUUCCCGACUCAUGGAAAAGCACAACAUCAGUGGCGAAGAGGUCGACUGGCUGCUCCUGCACCAGGCAAAUCGCCGGAUCAUGGAUUCGGCAGCGCGCAGGCUGAAGUUGCCCAAGGAGAAGAUCCUCUGUAACUUGGAUGAGUACGGCAACACCUCGGCUGCCUCCAUCCCGCUUGCCCUGGACGAGGACGGGAAUCGGCGGGAUUGGGGGCCCACUUGGGGCUUGCGCUUGGGGAUGGGCAGGCCCCUGACGCCCUGA